AGGGCAUUGAUCAUCGGCCCUGGUGGCACGCCCUACGCCAACGGCUGCUUCCUGUUUGACAUCCUGCUGCCGCCAGAGUACCCCAACAAGCCUCCCGAGGUGCAGUUUCUGACCACAGGUGCAGGCCGCGUGCGCUUCAAUCCGAACCUGUACAACUGUGGGAAGGUGUGCCUCUCGCUGCUGGGCACAUGGAGCGGCCCCUCCUGGGACCCUGGCACCUCCACACUGCUACAGGUGCUUGUGAGCAUCCAGAGCAUGAUCCUGGUGGAGGAUCCCUACUUCAACGAACCGGGCUACGAAAGCUCGCGCAACACACCAAGUGGGAAACAGCACAGCAACAGCUACAAUGCAAACAUCCGCAGGGCCACACUGGAGCAUGCUGUGCUGGACACCCUCAAGAAGCCUUGCGCCGCGUUUGCAGAAGUCAUCAGGUACGCGGCGCUGGAUGCAUGGCACUUUGCUUCAAGAGUGUUUGCUGAUCAUUGGCAAAAUUGUGAAAAAACUGUGCUCUGCAUGUAG